AUGGAUACUCUUUUGAGAACACCCAACAAGCUUGAAUUUUUCAUCCCUCAGUUUCAUGGAAUUGAGAGAUUAAAUGGACCAAACCCUUCAAAGGUUAAGCUUGGUGUGAAGAAAAGGGGAAUCAAAGUUAGUAGUAGUAGUACUAGUAGUGCUCUUUUGGAUCUUGUUCCUGAAACCAAGAAGGAGAAUCUUGACUUUGAGCUUCCUUUAUACGAUACUUCCCUGAACAAAGUUGUUGAUUUAGCUAUUGUCGGUGGUGGCCCUGCUGGUUUAGCCGUGGCUCAGCAGGUCUCCGAGGCAGGACUCUCUGUUUGCUCCAUUGAUCCUUCUCCCAAACUCAUUUGGCCUAACAACUAUGGAGUUUGGGUUGAUGAGUUUGAAGCCAUGGACUUACUAGAUUGCCUUGACACCACUUGGUCCGGUGCUGUUGUCUAUAUCAAUGAAGGCGCCACGAAGGAUCUAAGCCGGCCUUAUGGGAGGGUUAACCGUAAACAGCUCAAAUCCAAGAUGCUUCAGAAGUGUAUUACCAAUGGUGUUAAGUUUCAUCAAGCUAAGGUUACUAACGUGGUUCAUGAGGAGGUGAACUCCACUGUGGUUUGCAGUGAUGGUGUGAAGAUACAAGCUUCUGUUGUUCUUGAUGCUACUGGCUUUUCUAGAUGCUUGGUGAAGUAUGACAAACCUUAUAACCCUGGGUAUCAAGUAGCUUAUGGGAUCAUUGCUGAAGUUGAUGGUCACCCGUUUGAUGUGGAUAAGAUGGUGUUCAUGGAUUGGAGAGAUAAGCAUCUUGACUCGUAUCCUGAGCUUAAAGAACGGAACAGCAAGAUCCCUACGUUCUUGUACGCAAUGCCGUUUUCUUCAAACAGAAUCUUUCUUGAAGAGACGUCUCUUGUUGCUAGGCCAGGUCUGAGGAUGGAAGAUAUCCAAGAGAGAAUGGUUGCUAGGCUGAAACAUUUGGGGAUCAACGUGAAGCGUAUUGAGGAAGAUGAGCGUUGUGUGAUCCCUAUGGGCGGUCCUUUACCAGUUUUGCCUCAACGUGUUGUUGGCAUUGGUGGUACAGCGGGAAUGGUUCAUCCUUCUACUGGUUACAUGGUAGCUAGGACUCUUGCAGCUGCUCCUAUAGUUGCACAGGCUAUAGUGAGGUAUCUUGGGGAUAGGAAAGGUGAUGAGUUGUCAGCUGAGGUGUGGAGAGACUUGUGGCCUAUUGAGAGGAGGAGACAGAGGGAGUUUUUUUGUUUUGGGAUGGAUAUUUUGCUGAAGCUUGAUUUGGAUGCUACUAGGAGGUUCUUUGAUGCGUUCUUUGAUUUGGAACCGCGUUACUGGCAUGGUUUCUUGUCGUCGAGGUUAUUUCUUCCGGAGUUAUUGGUCUUUGGGUUGUCGCUUUUCUCGCAUGCUUCAAAUACCUCAAGGUUUGAGAUCAUGACAAAGGGAACUGUUCCUCUUGCUAAGAUGAUCAACAAUUUGGUGAAAGAUAGAGACUAA